AUGAAGAAUAUUACCAGCCUGAUGAAGUACACGUACAAGGAACCGCCUCACUUAUAUUAUCGCUCUCCGGUGCCAUUUCGUUGCCGUAAGCAGAUCAUGCAUCCAGUGAAAGGUGAAAUCCAUGAGAAGAAGGUCAUGCUGAGCGUCUGGUGGGGAGUUCAUGGAAUCUACCGUUACGAACUGCUGCCGGACAACACGACAGUCACUUCCGAGGUCUACUGCGCUCAACUGCAAAGACUGGCCAACAAAAUCCGCAAUGAGCACCCGAAGCUCGUCAAUCAUCACCUGGAUGCGAAACGCUACGAUGAUCGUGACCACUUCGAAAAUGACCUUCGGGAUUUCUUCGCCUCCAAAUCGCCGGAGUUCUUCGCCAAAGGAAUCUGUGAUCUUGUGAGACGUUGGCAGAAGGCGUGUUCUCCAACUACAAUGCAAACAGUACUUCCAACAGUGACCUCUACUGCAGUGGGGCGACGUAAACGUGCGAUCGAAGAAGUUGUUGUUACUGUGAUCAGUAACGAGAAGUACGACGCAACUCAGAACUACCUCCACUAUAAGGUUGCAGAUGCAAUGUUUGAAGACAUCGCUAGCACUAAAGGAGUUCGAUACAAUAAGAAUAACAUCAUCCAGGAGGUCAAAAACGAAGGUGGCAAAUUUGCCCUCCAAUACAAUAUAACAGAUGCAGAUUGCUAUGCGGUGCGUAAUUUCGUAUCAGAAGCCAAAAGUAGCACCUCCCAUUUCCGAUACGCAACAGUUGAUUGUGAAGACGGGAAAUAUCUGAUCUGA